UCCGGCCCGAGAGCAGCAGUCCCGGGGGUGGAGGUGGUGAAGGGAGAGCUGCUGCUUACAGACUUGGGAGUGUUCUGUGAUCAGCUCAUGGAUCCCGGGGAGUUGUGACAGAGUGGCCCCGGGUGUGGAUGAGGAUGGUCCCAUCGCCGCCUCCUUGGUGCUUUUCCGGGGCCGGCUUGAGGCGGAAAUUGGCUGUCGCCCUGCAGCUGCCUCUGCUGCUCCCCGGCCUCUUCCUGCUCGGUGGAACCGCACUCCCGGCCGAGCAGGAUAAGAAAGACACUACAGACAAGCUUUUUCCUUAUGUUUCAACAUUGUUCAAGAUACAAGUGAUGACAGUAAACUACUGAGAAAAUCUUUAAAACAAUCAAGCCGCUGGUCGAAAGUGAACAGUUGCUGUGGAUAAGUGGUAUGGUUGGCCAUGUUGACACCUUUAGGAUCCCCCUUAUUGCAGUCACACCUCAUAAUAACCUCAUAGCUGUGGCAGAAGCUAGGAAGCAUUCGUCGGCAGAUAUUGGUGCUAAGUUCAUUGCUGUCCGCACAUCUACUGAUAAAGGUGAAACCUGGAGCCCAACCACCUUCCUUGAUGAUGAUGGUUCAAGGACUGAUGGCCUGAACUUGGGGGUAAUAUUGGUUGAUGAAGAGAAGGAUCUCAUUUUCAUCAUGUACACAAUAUGUGCCCACUACUAUCACUGUAACGUUUCCAGCACACUAUUAAUUGAGAGUCAAGAUGAUGGGAGAACCUGGAGCCAACCAAGAAAUUUGUCUGAAAUGAUUGGCACAAAAAUGUUUGCACCUGGGCCUGGAGCUGGAAUUCAGAAAAGAUACAACCCAAAGAAAGGCCGUUUGAUCGUUUGUGGGCAUGGUACAAUUGAGGAAGAUGGAAUAUUCUGCCUUUUCAGCGAUGACCAUGGCAAGACCUGGAAGAAUGGAGGGAGUCUGAAGGGAAUUCCCUUCGAUCAGCCAAAAAAAUUCUUUGACUUCAAUCCAGAUGAAAACCAGCCCUAUGAAUUAUCGGAUGGUACUGUGGUGAUUAACGCAAGGAAUCAGAAUUUCUACCACUGUCAUUGCCGAAUAAUAGUGAAGAGUUUUGAUGCAUGCGAGUCCCUGCCAAUAGAAAAUGUGAUCUUUGAUGAGACUCUGAUAGACCCGGCUGUGGCUGCUGGAGUAUUAGUAAAAGAUGACAUUGUUUUCUUCAGUAAUCCUGCAAACCCAGUGAAACGUAUAAAUCUUACUCUUAGAUGGAGUUAUGACAAUGGAAAGUCGUGGGUAAAGGACAAAAUAAUGAUCUGGCCUGGCCCAAGUGGUUAUUCCUCCAUGACUACCUCCAACAAUACUUCAAGCAAUGAGCAAUACAUCUACUUAGUUUUUGAAAAGGGCCUGAACGACAUAACUGAAUCCAUAUCAUUUGUGAAGAUUCGCAUUAAGUAAAAGCCUACUGUCUCCCCAUCUCCAUGGGAGUGCAAUCUAAACAAGUCAUAAGAAAUCACAGGCUCCAGUUUAUUGGGGAAAAAAUUAUUUUUAUAUCACUACACAAAUUGCUAGUUUUCAUUGCUUUGUUUACAAUAGGCUGUGUUUUUAAAUUAAAAUCAACAUUUGAAAACUCCAAAUUUCUUUACCAUCCUCUCUCUCUGCAACAAGUAGUUUUUCCUUAAUUUACUGGUGAGCAGGUGAUGUGGACUUAUCACCAACUAUGAAAUGUUUGUACUUGUGGCCAGCCCUGUUCUAUACCUGAUCUUAAACACUUUUGUUUUUUUUUGGUACUUCAUCUCCAGGACCAUGUUGAACUGUUGCUAAAUAUGCACUUUUAAAAUAUUUUUAAAAUAACAUUUAUAAGAAAAUGGGUUUAGCUGGGUGAAGUUGUCAGUAUGUCAAAAUCCAAAACAGGAGAAUUCAAGAGUACUACCGGUGUCUCUAGUUUAAUGAAAAUGAGGUUCUUUACUUGCAUGAGGACAUAGCAGAGGUGGUCUAGGUCAGACCAUCAAUAAAAGCCUAGUAGGAGGCAGCAUUCAGAAAAAGUACAUUUGUAUCACAGUCUUAAAGCUAUCCUUUAAAGUUCUGUCAGACGGUUCCAAGUGCCAAGUUAUAUUAUGUAGCUUCUUAACCUGCUGACCUGCUUGGGUCAGGUGGUCGUUUCUCAAUUCCAUAUUAUUGAGAUGUAUAGACAUGGGGCAGGACUCCUCAAGUGAAGGUCUGCUGAGCAGACUGACACCUCAGAAUAAAGACUUGUAUAUUUUAAUUCCUUGACUCUAGCUAGUGUGACUUUGUCUUAGCUCCACGUCAGAAAGUGGUAUUUGGCAGAUAGCUGGUUUGUAUCUAUGAAGGAGAAAUACUUGAACAAAAUAUACACCUAGGCAAUAGUUAACUGACUGUAGCACACCUGGCUAGCAAGCAAUUAACAAUGGUUUUUGCUCCUGUCAGGUGAUAGUUCAGCAAGAACUAUGUUUAGAUCUGGAUGCUGAGUUAUGUGAUGGGUUUGAAUUGCAUUAGCCUCCAUUUUUCUAUAGCUGCUGAAAAUGCUGUCUACGUUUGCAUGUGAUGCAUACCUUGGUUUCAGAUUGUUGUCGGUGCUUGUGGCACCUUACUCUCAGUAUCACUGCAUUCAGAAAAGACGCUUUCUUUUAGUGUAGGAAAGAGGGGUUGAAGAAAAUGUGAGUUUUAUUUGACUAGAUAAAUCAUUUUAUUAUUUAAUAAGGGGGGGGAUGAUAUUUUUAAUAUGCACACUGAAAAGGUUGUAUUUGAUAAGGCCCAUUGGUGAUUAAGGAUAAUAUCUUUAAUAUUAAAAAUUGGAAUUGGGAUUAGGUCCCACUUUAAAAUAUUUGAGGACCCAGCCCAGAAUCUAGCUCAGGUAUCUUCUGUUCAAUGAAGCAAAUAUAAAUGAUUUUCAAUACUUGUUUUACUUCUGCAUUCUGUUAAUGGAGUUAUUUUUUCUGGAAAAUAUUACACUAUGAAAAUCUCUUUUUCAGAGAAAACCUGGAUGCUGACCAGAACAAAUGCAAAUUAAUGUUUUAUUUUAUUUUUACUGUUUGUACAAAUAAUUGGAUUGCUUGUCAAUAAAAUUUCAUAACUUGCCUAAAA